AAGGGCCUUAUUCCAUGUCCCCCUUUUAGACUCUAAGGGACGCUGUUGGUCAGUAAAUAUUUUCUGUUGUAUUGUCAUUUAGUCCAUCAACCGACGGACUAUACAGUGAAGAAGGCUCUCUUUUUUGUGGAGGUUUAUUGCACGGAAGAGAGAACAUGGUCUCGCAGACUUGCAUGUAAAGAUUGAAUACCUGUUUAGUUGUAAACAGCAAACGGAUACAUCAGAACCAGUUUUACCCUCAUAUUAACUGACGGUUUCUUUGUUGCCAUGAUGGCAACUCGAGUAUAUCUCACCUACGUAUGCGCAAUGUGGCCUUUUUUUAAUGGAUUUCGACGGCAAAUCGGAUUGCUGAUGUUUCUGCUUCAUGUUGUUAACAUGGUAGGUGGCCAGAUUCGUUAUUCUAUACCAGAGGAGAUGAAGAAAGGCUCUGCUAUCGGUAAUGUACCACAGGACCUUGGUUUGGAUCUGAAAAGGCUCCGUUCUGGGCGGGCCCGUAUCGUGACCGGAGAAAACAUUCACUACACCGAGCUGAAGACAGACAAAGGGAUUCUAGUCGUGAAUGAGAGAAUAGACCGGGAGCAGCUUUGUGGUGACGUGACGCCUUGUAGCUUCAGCUUUGAAUUGAUUUUAGAAAACCCGAUGGAACUUCACAGAAUAACGGUUGAGGUUUUGGAUAUAAAUGAUCAUGCUCCCGUCUUCCCAAAUAAAGACACAGCUAUUGGGUUUGAAAUCAGUGAAUCUGCUGCAAUUGGAGUGCAGUUUCCACUGCAGAGUGCAGAGGAUCUGGAUGUGGGGCAAAACGCGUUGCAAGAUUAUAUGUUAUCACCAAAUGACAAUUUCAUUUUAAAGCAACAUGCAAAUCCAGAUGGAGGUAAAUAUGUUGAAAUGGUUCUCCAGAAGCCUUUAGACAGAGAGAAACAUCCCCAUAUGUCCUUAAAACUAAUCGCAGUUGAUGGAGGAACACCACAGCGAUCUGGUACAGUAAAUAUAGAUAUCACUGUGUUAGAUGCCAAUGAUAAUAUUCCCGUUUUUAACCAAUCCGUGUAUAAAGCAGCUGUGAUGGAAAACACAACGACAGGCACAAGCAUCAUUACAGUAAAUGCUACAGACGCCGACAGCGGUUCAAAUGGACUCAUUACUUACAGUUUGUCUAACACGAAAGGAAGUGCAGGAAAUAUAUUCACUAUUGAUAAAAACACCGGCACAGUUUCUGUGUCUGGUCAUAUAGAUUAUGAAAAAGACAGAAAAUAUGAGGUGAGAGUCGAGGCAAAGGAUCAGGGUGGCUUAAUCGGAACAAGUAAAGUUAUAGUUGAUGUUUUUGAUGUAAAUGACAAUCCACCAGUUAUAAAUAUUAUGUCAUUUUCUAGUCCCGUGUCUGAGAAUGCACCUACUGGUACAACAAUUGCCAUAUUGAACAUAAAAGAUACAGAUUCUGACAAUAACGGGAAAAUAAAAUGUUUCAUAGAUGGCCAACUUCCCUUUAAGAUCGAGUCAUCUCUAACAAACUAUUACAAUUUGAUCUCAGAUCAACAUUUUGAUAGGGAAUCCGUCUCAGAAUACAAUAUAACAAUAACAGCCACUGAUUUAGGGUCUCCACCUCUUUCUAGCUCAACAAAAUUACAUCUUAAAAUAUCUGACAUAAACGAGAACGCACCAUUAUUUGAUAAAAACAGCUAUACUGCUUACAUCACAGAGAAUAAUUCCCCUGGAAUUUCGAUAUUUGCUGUCAGCGCGCGGGACUCUGAUUGGAAUCAAAACGCCAGAAUCUCGUAUCUUUUAGAGGAUGCCCAAGUCAGUGGUAGUCCAGUUUCUACUUAUGUUUCCUUAAACUCUGAAACUGGAGUUCUUAGCGCUGUUCGUUCUUUUGAUCAUGAGCUAAUUAAACAGCUUCAGAUAGUAGUCAAAGCGCAGGAUGGAGGCUCUCCUCCACUCAGUAGCAAUGUGACUUCUCGCAUCCUGUACCACUCCAAUCUCCCUGUGAUUCCAUAUUAUCCACCACGUUACUCAGACACUUUGGGGAAAGGGACUCUCCAACACGUGUACAAUUACGAGGUGUGCAGGACGACUGACUCCAGAAAGAUUGACUGUAAGUUCGCCAGAGCUGGUAGUCAGAACGUGCUGAUAAUGGACCCCAGUUCUACAGGGACGAUGCAGCGGAUACAGAGUGAAAAGAGCAUCCUCGAUGAACCAGACUCUCCUCUAGAGGUCAGUUUUGGUACUCUUGCUUUGCCUCUGUGUCUUUUUCUGUCUCUCUUUUCCUCAUCUUUUCUUUCCCAUUCAUAACGAACGGUUGAACAA